AACGCCGCCUCGUUUUCCCCUGUACUGUUACUGUUUGGUUAGUUAGUGUAACGAAGAGGUGUAGCCAGCAGCGAAUAGCAGCUACAAACUGUUUGCAACGGUCCAGACAUUCAAUCAAAUUUCGGGAAGAAGCGAGGGUGGAGAGAUGGCGAAAACCUAUGAUUACCUUUUUAAAUUGCUUCUCAUCGGAGACAGCGGUGUCGGCAAGACAUGUCUUCUCUUCCGAUUCAGCGAAGAUGCGUUCAACACCACCUUCAUAUCAACAAUAGGUAUUGACUUCAAAAUCCGGACGAUAGAUUUGGACGGGAAGAAGAUCAAGCUCCAGAUAUGGGACACAGCCGGCCAGGAGAGGUUCAGGACCAUCACAACAGCCUACUACAGAGGAGCUAUGGGUAUCAUGCUAGUGUAUGACAUCACUAACGAGAAGUCCUUCGAGAACAUCAAGAACUGGAUCAGGAACAUUGAAGAGCAUGCCUCCUCUGACGUGGAGAGGAUGAUCCUGGGAAACAAGUGUGACAUGAACGACAAAAGACAGGUGUCAAAAGAACGAGGAGAAAAGUUGGCGAUUGAUUAUGGCAUCAAGUUCUUAGAAACGAGCGCCAAAUCCAGCCUGAAUGUGGAAGAGUCCUUUUUCACCCUGGGAAGAGACAUAAUGACGAGACUCAACAGAAAAAUAAACGACAACAGUCCUCCAGGAGGUGGUGGGCCGGUCAAGAUCACAGAGAACCGGUCGAAGAAGAGCAGCUUCUUCAGAUGUUCUCUGUUCUAGUGGAUCCAUCCUCUCCUUUCCAUGGACUGGUACAGCCUUUACCUGCCCUGCUGCUCCCCCCCCCCCCACCCCAGAGCUGAGCAGAAUACACCCCCAACCCCUCACCAGGCCUGGUACCAGGCUACCUACCUAACACUCCUCCAACCCCUCACCAGGCCUGGUACCAAGCUACCUACCUAACACUCCUCCAACCCCUCACCAGGCCUGGUACCAGACUACCUACCUAGCACUCCUCCAACCCCUCACCAGGCCUGGUACCAGACUACCUACCUAACACUCCUCCAACCCCUCACCAGGCCUGGUACCAGGCUACAUACUUAGCACUCCUCCAACCCCUCAACAGGCCUCGUACCAGGCUACCUACUUAACACUCAUCCAACCCCUCACCAGGCCUGGUACCAGGCUACCUACCUAGCACUCCUCCAACCCCUCACCAGGCCUGGUACCAGGCUACCUACCUAGCAGUCCUCCAACCGUCACCAGGCCUGGUACCAGGCUACCUACCUAACACUCCUCCACACCCAAAACUGGAUCUUGGCCUGGCUAGGUUACUUAUUGCUGCUGAGCUGGCUGGCUACUCUGUAGGCUACAGAGGAAAGCGACUCGCCGUCCCAUUUUAAAAAUGACACGUUAGGGAACCAAAACAAUUCUGAAAAGAACAAGGAAUUCCCCCCAACUGUUGUCCUAACUGCCCCUCCUCUCUCCCUUCCCCAAAGGAGUUUGUCUAGGACUGCGUCCCAAAUGGAACCCUAUUCCCUAUAUAGUGCACUACUCUUCACCAGAGCCCUAUUAUGCAGGCCCUGGUCAAAAGUAGUGCACUAUAUAGGGAAUAGGAUGCCAUAGGGCCCUGGUCAAAAGUAGUGCACUAUAGGGAAUAGGAUGCCAUAGGGCCCUGGUCAAAAGUAGUGCACUAUAUAGGGAAUAGGAUGCCAUAGGGCCCUGGUCAAAAGUAGUGCACUAUAUAGGGAAUAGGAUGCCAUAGGGCCCUGGUCAAAAGUAGUGCACUAUAUAGGGAAUAGGAUGCCAUAGGGCCCUGGUCAAAAGUAGUGCACUAUAUAGGGAAUAGGAUGCCAUAGGGCCCUGGUCAAAAGUAGUGCACUAAAUAGGGAAUAGGAUGCCAUAGGGCCCUGGUCAAAAGUAGUGCACUAUAUAGGGAAUAGGAUGCCAUAGGGCCCUGGUCAAAAGUAGUGCACUAUAGGGAAUAGGAUGCCAUAGGGCCCUGGUCAAAAGUAGUGCACUAUAUAGGGAAUAGGGUGGCAUAUUGGAUGCAGUACGUUUCUCCCCCAACAGCUCUGAUUGACAGUUGAGUCCUGUGUUCUGUGUUCUUUAACUCACCCCUGGAAACGCUUUGUUGUUUGUCAGCUUCCUGUUUAGCUGAAGCUGCCUUUCCCCUGUAUUCACUCGAUGCACACUUCACUUUUUAUUUUGUUGUCGUGUGUCUUGUCUUUCCACCGACCGAAUCUUUCUGCGAGAAAAGAGAUUGACACCCUGAAGGAUUGGAGGAGUCGUUUGGACGUGGAUCUCGGGUCGGUUUGCUACUAGAGAAGAAUGUAGUCAACAUGAAAAUCACAGGUUAUCAUCACGUUCACUUUUUAGAGUCAUGAAUGAACAUGACUGCAGGGAGAGAUGAAGAGAGAGUAUUAUACUGCAUGUUCUGCCCACACUAGAAAGGAAAAUGUAACUGUUUAAUAUUCUACCAAAGCCGAUGACUUCAUUGUGGUGGUUGUUUCACCAAUGUCUUUAUUUUUAAUUUGUUUUGUCUUUUAGUUUUAUAUAAUCUUUAUGUAAUCGCACUGGAGAUCGUUAUGGAUGUUUCAAUGAUUGUUAAAACACCGCCUCUGUCAAAAAAAGGACACUGCAGUCAUUCGAUGGUGCAUCCCUUGUCCAGAGCACUAAAGGCUAGAUUCAGAACCGCUCUUCAGAACCGCUCUUCAGAACCGCUCUUCAGAACCGCUCUUCAGAUCCGCUCUUCAGAACCGCUCUUCAGAUCCACUCUUCAGAACCGCUCUUCAGAUCCACUCUUCAGAACCGCUCUUCAGAUCCACUCUUCAGAACCGCUCUUCAGAUCCACUCUUCAGAACCGCUCUUCAGAACCGCUCUUCAGAUCCACUCUCCAGAUCCACUCUUCAGAACCGCUCUCCAGAUCCACUCUUCAGAUCCACUCUUCAGAUCCACUCUUCAGAACCACUCUUCAGAUCCGCUCUUCAAAACCACUCUAAAGAGUUAAAGGAUGCUCAUUGCUUGGCACUUCAACUGAUGACGGUCUCAGAAUUGGCUUCACUCAAUCGGACGUAAUGAAUGACUCGUUUUUCUGUUGUCACUUAGUCAUGCGCUUACAGAAGGAGGUUUCUCAAUUACUCCAACUUAAAACCACUGAGUAACCUCUACUCAACUUAAAACCACUGAGUAACCUCUACUCAACUUAAAACCACUGAGUAGCCUCUACUCAACUUAAAACCACUGAGUAGCCUCUACUCAACUUAAAACCACUGAGUAGCCUCUACUCAACUUAAAACCACUGAGUAGCCUCUACUCAACUUAAAACCACUGAAUAGCCUCUACUCAACCUAAAACCACUGAGUAGCCUCUACUCAACUUAAAACCACUGAGUAGCCUCUACUCAACUUAAAACCACUGAUUAGCCUCUACUCAACUUAACACCACUGAUUAGCCUCUGCUCAACUUUACACCACUGAUUAGCCUCUGCUCAACUUAACUCCACUGAUUAGCCUCUGCUCAACUUUACACCACUGAUUAGCCUCUACUCAACUUAACUCCACUGAUUAGCCUCUAUUCAACUUAAAACCACUGAUUAGCCUCUACUCAACUUAACACCACUGAUGACGGCCCUCAGUUUGUUUUGAGUUGACAGACCUUUCUGAAGAAACGACCACGGUAGAAGAUACUGACUCAUACCACCAACACGGUAGAAGAUACUGACUCAUACCACCACCACGGUAGAAGAUCCCGACUCAUACAUAGACCACGGUAGAAGAUACUGACUCAUACAACCACCACGGUAGGAGUAACUGACUCAUACCACCACCACGGUAGAAGAUACCGACUCAUACCACCACCACGGUAGAAGAUACCGACUCAUACCACCACCACGGUAGCAGAUACUGACUCAUACCACCACCACGGUAGCAGAUACUGACUCAUACCACCACCACGGUAGCAGAUACUGACUCAUACCACCACCACGGUAGCAGAUACUGACUCAUACCACCACCACGGUAGCAGAUACUGACUCAUACCACCACCACCACGGUAGAAGAUACUGACUCAUACCACCACCACGGUAGAAGAUACCGACUCAUACAUAGACCACGGUAGCAGAUACUGACUCAUACCACCACCACGGUAGCAGAUACUGACUCAUACCACCACCACUGUAGCAGAUACUGACUCAUACAACCACCACGGUAGCAGAUACUGACUCAUACAACCAACACGGUAGCAGAUACUGACUCAUACCACCAACACGGUAGCAGAUACUGACUCAUACAACCACCACGGUAGCAGAUACUGACUCAUACCACCACCACGGUAGCAGAUACUGACUCAUACAACCACCACGGUAGCAGAUACUGACUCAUACCACCACCACGGUAGCAGAUACCGACUCAUACCAGUGCUUUUGAAAAGUAGCAACAAGCAAAAACCUCUUGAGUUCUAUCGUUGGUUCCUUUUCAUGCAAAUGUUAAUGGUAUUAUAUUUUUUGUACGGUAUCCGAUAAGACAUUGGACACUGGCGUUACUCCCAGGGGUUACGUCCACACCGUUCUGUUGUUGGGGGUUACGU